AUGGCUAACGAUAGCUGUUUCGUCCCCGACCCCAAAUUCACCUUCUACUUCCAGCCCAGCUACAAUAUCAUCUGCGCCAUCUGCCACGACACCCAACUCUAUCUCUCCUCCGAGAGCUUGCCGCUCAAGGACAGCGACCCGUCCGUCCUGCCCUGCGGUCAUGUCUUUGGCCACGAAUGCCUGACCAGCUGGCUGCGCUCGCACAACACCUGCCCCGUGUGCCGCUUCGAGCUCAAAUUCGAGCUCUGCCCGCACCGCAUCCUGCCCCGUCGACUGACGCGCGAGAAUGUUUUCUUGUGCCCUCUGACCGUCCCCGACGGUGGCAAGGUUAAGACGCAGUGUGCUAAGUGCACAGUCGAGACCGGAAAGCGGGUGUAUGGGGACAUCUGGAAAGACCUCGUGGCGCCGUACUAUACACAUAAGCGAGAUUAUGAGCGGACGGGGGAUGAAAGGUAUAAGCGGCUGAUGGAGGGAGAGCUGAAGCUUAUCACUCGUGUCAUGAGCGAAUGCACUAAUGUCACGGAUCGGGAGUGGUGA